GUAUAUAAGGAAACCUGUUAGACUUAAAUCAGCCCGGCUGGUGUUUAAGCUGCCUAGAGAGACAAGUAAGCAAGCAGCCCACACCCUGCAAAGUGGGAGUGAUUGGUAGGCUGGACAGAGCACAGCUUCCUGAAUCAAACUGACUACAAAACCGUUCAGCUGGUCCUAAGAGAAACAACACAGACCAGGAACACACACACACAAGAACCCCUAUCAAGUUUUUACAACAGAACUUCUGGAAAAUAGAAUCAACUAGCACAAAAGAAUAAUGGAGGAAGAGAUAGCUGAUCAGCUUCCCUGGAUUUUGCUGAUGACACAGGAGAGCUUUGCCUGAAGAUGGAAACACUGGAGUCGGAACUGACCUGCCCUAUCUGUCUGGAGCUGUUUGAGGAUCCGCUGCUGCUGCCUUGCGCUCACAGCCUCUGCUUCAAUUGUGCGCAUCGCAUCUUGGUCUCCCACUGUGCCACCAACGAAUCAGUGGAAUCUAUCACCGCCUUCCAGUGCCCUACUUGUCGUUAUGUCAUCACCCUUAAUCAACGUGGUCUAGACGGACUCAAGCGCAACGUCACGCUGCAGAAUAUCAUCGACAGGUUUCAGAAAGCUUCGGUGAGCGGGCCCAAUUCUCCAAGUGAAACUCGCCGAGAGCGAGCUUUCGAUAGCAACAGCAUGUCCUCCAGUGAAAAAGUUCUCUGCCAGUUCUGUGACCAGGAUCCUGCUCAGGAAGCAGUAAAGACCUGUGUAACGUGUGAGGUUUCCUACUGUGAGGAGUGCUUAAAAGCAACUCACCCAAACAAGAAGCCAUUUACUGGCCACCGUUUGAUUGAACCUAUUCCCGACUCUCAUAUCAGAGGAUUAAUGUGUCUGGAGCACGAGGACGAGAAAGUUAACAUGUAUUGUGUGACUGAUGACCAGUUAAUCUGUGCCUUGUGUAAACUGGUUGGGAGGCAUCGUGAUCACCAGGUGGCAGCUCUCAGUGAACGCUAUGACAAAUUAAAGCAAAACUUGGAAAGUAAUCUCACCAACCUUAUCAAGAGAAAUACUGAACUGGAAACACUUUUGGCGAAAUUAAUUCAAACUUGCCAACAUGUGGAGGUGAAUGCGUCCCGACAAGAAACUAAGCUGAUGGAGGAAUGUGACCUGCUUAUUGAAAUAAUUCAACAAAGGCGUCAAAUUAUUGGAACCAAAAUCAAGGAAGGGAAGGUGGUGAGACUGAGGAAACUCGCCCAGCAGAUAGCUAAUUGCAAGCAGUGCAUUGAGCGCUCCACUUCUCUGAUCUCUCAAGCUGAGCAAUCUCUGAAGGAGAAUGAUCACGCACGCUUCUUGCAGUCUGCUAAAAACAUAACUGAAAGAGUCGCCAUGGCAACAGCAUCUUCCCAGGUUCUAAUUCCUGAAAUUAAUCUCAAUGACACUUUUGACACCUUUGCGCUAGAUUUUACCAGAGAGAAGAAACUACUGGAAUGCCUUGAUUAUCUUACAGCUCCAAAUCCCCCAACCAUUAGAGAAGAGCUUUGUACAGCUUCUUAUGACACAAUCACAGUCCACUGGACAUCAGAUGAUGAAUUCAGUGUGGUCUCCUAUGAGUUGCAGUAUACCAUUUUCACUGGGCAAGCUAAUGUAGUUAGUCUGUGUAAUUCGGCUGACAGCUGGAUGAUUGUUCCUAAUAUCAAGCAAAACCACUACACGGUGCAUGGCCUGCAGAGUGGCACCAAGUACAUAUUUGUUGUGAAGGCCAUUAAUCAGGCUGGCAGCCGAAACAGUGAGCCAGGAAAGCUGAAGACAAACAGCCAGCCAUUUAAACUGGAUCCCAAGUCUGCCCACAGGAAGCUGAAAGUAUCUCAUGACAACUUGACAGUGGAGCGUGACGAAACCUCUUCUAAAAAGAGCCACACACCUGAGCGCUUUACCAGCCAAGGCAGCUACGGGGUAGCGGGCAAUGUAUUUAUUGACAGUGGACGGCAUUACUGGGAAGUGGUUAUCAGCGGGAGCACAUGGUAUGCCAUUGGCAUUUCUUAUAAGUCGGCGCCAAAACACGAAUGGAUCGGGAAGAAUUCUGCCUCGUGGGUUCUUUGCCGCUGUAAUAAUACGUGGGUAGUGAGACAUAACAGCAAAGAAAUUCAGAUAGAGCCUGCACCCCACCUUCGCCGUGUUGGAAUUUUGUUGGACUAUGACAAUGGUUCCUUGGCCUUUUAUGAUGCUUUGAACUCCCUGCAUCUUUACACGUUUGACAUUACAUUUGCACAGCCUGUGUGCCCAACGUUCACUGUCUGGAAUAAGUGUUUGACAAUAAUAACGGGGCUUCCCAUCCCAGACCACUUAGAUUCCACUGAGCAUAUGCCAUGAUUGUUGCUCAACAGAGAUGGAUGAUGAAUGUCCAGUAUCCCUCAUGUAUACUUCCCACCGAAUUUUGACUGGGGAAAAAAUAUUAACAGAAACGCAUUUCAUACAAAAGCGACCCUAAAUGCUUCAAGCCAGGACUGAGAAUAAUGGGAUGACCUCGUCAGUCUUUACUGUUUCUUUUGUAUUAAAAACAAGAUAAGGCUUUAAUAAUUUCUCAGAAUGCUUUUGUAUUUAGUCUCUUUCCUGAAAAUUUAUAAAUUAUUUAUAUAUUAAAAAAAGAAAGAAAAGGAACCCUAAUUUGGAUAUUUGCAUUUGGGCACCUCAUAAGAAUGACUUGGUUUUGCACAUUAAGGGCUCUGUCACAAAGAUUUUAUUAGCUGUUCCCCGUAUUUUGAUUUUAUAAAAGAGAGAACAAGUUGGAAUUAUUUGAGAGGAAGGAUGCAAUACGAAUGGCUUCCGUUUUUGUUCCUACGGUACUUUCGAAAGUGCCGCUUUUAUGACAUGAAACACCUCUUCACUUGGAGCACAUUAACUUCUACAUCGAGAAAUGUCAGCAUUCUAAAUCAACCAGCAGUCAAAGUUAUGGAUCGCAAUUUCCUUUCCUACUGAUGUUUCACCUUUGUCACUUUUUAAGGAUAUGUACAUUUGAUUCUUUUUUGUCUCAGAUAACCAGGACAAUUGAGAGAGGUCUGGCUGCAUUUUAAGUAUAUAAAAAAAGUACCACUUGAAGGUCAAGUUCUGGUGGUACUGAUGUGGAUUCACAUCAUUUGAAAGGUACCAGGAGCACCCACAUAUGCUGUGCUGCAGAUGGGCUAUGUACACCUGAUUAAAAACUUAAAUGUGAGCAUUUUGUUUUAUUAUGUUAUAUAGUGUAUCAAUAAAAAUAGCAGAGGUAUCUGUUUGUAAACAGUGCCAGGAAA